UCACUUCUGAUUGGACAGCAUUCAUCAGUAUGUCAAGCCGUCCAAUGGCGGUGUUGUUUCUUGCUGGACCAAACAUGGCGGCUCCCAGUCACAGUGGAUAGGAUUUUCGGUACAAUAAAUCAGCCGGUAGCGAUUCGUCCCGUAAUCACGGAAAUUCGGUAAUGUGGAGGGAGGAUGUCUAGUGACACCGGCAGAAAACAGUUCUGGAAGAGGAAUGUCUCGAAAGUCCCGGGAAGUAUUCAACAUGUAUACGGAGCACAACAUCCGCCUUUUGAUCCACUGCUUCAUGGAACCUUAACUAAAACUGUUCAGAAGACUCCAACGACGCCUACAAAGUUGAAAAAAGUCACUACUUUUCAAGAGUUUGAAAGCAACACAAGUGAUGCCUGGGAUGCUGGAGAAGAUGAUGAUGAACUGCUCGCAAUGGCAGCAGAGAAUCUAAAUACCAAAGUAGUAAUGGAAACAGCGAACAAAGUCAUUCAAAACCACACAAAGUUACAAGAACAGAACAAAUGUCAAGAGAUUCAACAAACGGAAGAAGAAAUUGCAGAGCUUGAAGAGCUGCCUUCCUAUACGAACAUUGACAACACAAUUGUAAAGUCAGCCAGUGAAAGCCAGAUUCCCAAGUCAUACGUUAUAGAAUCAAUAGACAGGAGCAAGAGCCAAUCGGUGGUCUUCCCUGAUGAGAUAAUCACUGAUACACAACAGUCACUGCGAGGUGAGAAGCAUUCUCUGCAGAGACAGCAUUCAGUACCUCAACAGGCAGAACAAGGUCUCUUGAACACUGCUGGCUUGUCAGAAAGAGAAGCGUUUCGGCUAGAAAAAUUUAAACAGCUUCUUGCAGGCCCAAACACUGACCUUGAUGAGUUGAGAAAGUUGAGUUGGUCUGGCAUUCCCAAACCUGUCAGAUCCAUAACCUGGAAACUUCUCUCGGGUUAUCUUCCUGCAAAUGUAGAGCGAAGAGAUGGCACACUGAAGAGGAAACAAAAAGAGUAUUUUGCCUUCAUAGAACAAUAUUACAACUCUAGGAAUGAUGAAGCAAAUCAAAGCACAUACAGACAGAUUCAGAUUGAUAUUCCUAGAAUGAGUCCAGAGACAUUAAUUCUUCAACCAGUAGUUACAGAGAUAUUUGAAAGAAUUUUGUUUAUAUGGGCUAUUCGACAUCCGGCCAGUGGAUAUGUUCAAGGAAUAAAUGACCUUGUUACACCCUUCUUUGUGGUAUUUAUUGGUGACUACGUGGCUGAAGAAGAAGAAGUGGAAAAUGUUGAUGUUUCCAGUCUGCCCGAAGAGGUGCUCCGGAACAUUGAAGCUGACAGUUACUGGUGCAUGAGCAAGUUGCUUGAUGGCAUUCAGGAUAACUACACCUUUGCACAACCUGGAAUUCAGAAGAAGGUGAAAAUUUUGGAGGAACUGGUUAGCCGUAUUGAUGAACAAGUACACAGGCACUUACAUCAUUAUGAGGUUGAAUACCUGCAAUUUGCUUUCCGUUGGAUGAAUAAUCUUCUGAUGAGAGAGGUUCCCCUGCGGUGCACUAUCAGGCUGUGGGAUACGUACCAGUCUGAACCUGAAGGAUUUUCCCACUUCCACUUAUAUGUCUGUGCUGCCUUUCUAGUGAGAUGGAGGAAAGAGAUUUUGGAAGAAAAAGAUUUUCAUGGCUUAUUGAUCCUUUUGCAGAAUCUGCCAACUGUGAACUGGGGUAAUGAAGAUGUAAGCCUUCUCCUGGCUGAAGCCUACAGACUAGAGUUUGCUUUUGCAGAUGCUCCCAAUCACUACAAGAAAUGACAUAAUUUGACACAUGCAACAUUUGAAAAUAUCCUCCUUGUUAAUGAUUUAUAUGAAUAUAUAUAUAUUAUAAAUAUUUUUUGUUCUUUUUUAUCAGAGUCAUACAAUUUACAUAAAUUAACAUUGAAUCAUAUCUGCUUAGGCUUAGGUGUCAAAUCUAAUAAAGGACAUCCAACAUGAACAUACCAUAUACCAAAGAAACAUAUUUUAAAGUGUAUUUACAGGGUAGAACUUGGAGAAAACUACAUCAUCCUGCUUAUGAUUCUGCUCCUUAUGGCAGAUGUGAUGAGAAUUGUUUUGAUAGGUAUGUCAAAUCUGAAUUAGACUUGCAGAACUUCAAAUCUUUGUAUUUCUGAAAAUAGCCAUUUGUAACAUGUGAAAUGUACAGUAAACAUUAAAAUCCUUCUAAUAUAUUAA